AUGCGUGCAUCCCACUGGGUUCAAGCAGGGAUCGGAUUUCAAAACACGGUAUUCCGCAUGGGCUCAAUUCUCAGGUACCCCUACUUCGAUCUCCACCCUGGAGACCGCCUGGUUGCAGCCAGAGGAACGUUCAUUAGAGGAUAUGUAUCCCAGGUUUGCGAUCCAGACAUUCAAAGGAAGUGCGAGGAACUCGGAGUUCUAUCUGGAGUUCUAUCAACCCCUGCAAGAAGCAUGGGCGAGGAACAAGAAAGGGAGGUAGAGAGAGAACACCAUGUGGAAAGACCGCCUAGGGUAGAAUCUGCAGCCCAGAACCUGCAUGAGGACAUUCGUGCAUUCCUCAAGACCGGUCGAAUUCCUGUGGGGUCUUCUGCGUUUAUUCCAGCGCUAUCCAGCCUUGCCGACACCACUGCCGAAUUUCAUGGGCACGAUCGGUGGGCACACAAUGUUUUAGUCACCCGCGACUUCGCUCGUACGAAAGCGGAUCAUUAUUUGCGGUCCGUCAACUGGAUUCCUGACGAAGUGAACGCACUGCUACCUGAUAUCCGCAGAAGCAAUGCAAUUUACCUGUGUAUCUACACUCCUCGCACCACAAAAACGAUGCAGCCAUGCGACGACCUCCAACUAUACUGUGUUCCUUCAACGCCACCAUUGACACCAUCAGAACCACUGAUUUGCCAGCUCAACCUUUUUGCAGGCCAACUCAAUUCCGACAUGUAUCUGCGCACUUGCAGGUUCUUAGAGCUCAACGCACCGAACUUGGGAAACAAGGACUUGAUAGCUGAUAGCGACGGGUUCAUUAGCAAGGAGAAUCGCCCCGCUACAAGAGCAUUGUGCUCGUUCAAACAAUCCCAGCUUCCUGCACUGAAGCAGUUGUUCGGGAUGAGAAGGAAAGGCAUAGGGUAUCUGCCAACUCACCUUGGAAAGAUGCUCAAUGGCCGCAUUCUGACUGAGGAGGAUUGUCUCGACUGA